AUGGCACAUCACACCACCCACAGGCGCAUCUUAGCAGCUCCUGACCCUCUAACACCUAUGGAUCCCCCCACCGCCACCGCCGCCAAGAACCGCCACCUCCACCCCCUCCCAGAUCCCACCACCAUUACCCCUUCCACCAUCCAAAACAUAUCCCACCGCUUCUCCAAACUCUAUGCAAAUCACAAGAAACUUGUUUCCAACUCUUUGAAACCCCAUCCAAAUCCUCAACCUGACUCACAUUUCCAAGCCAAGAACCUCUCCUUUUCCCCAGUCUUGGACAGCUCAUGCACCACUUUGACCAAAUCAAGCAGCCAGCAUGAGAGAAAUAGCAGCGGUAUUGUCUCAGGAAUCGUGGAGAAAAAUCACUUCUUGAGCACAAAAACCAAGGUGAAGGAAAAGGAUAUUGAUCUCAAGAAACCAAUAUCUUCCAAGAAAGACCCCCCCAAAAGAUCAUCUUUUGAGGAGUGUGAUGUGAAGAAAUUAGCAUCCCAGUUGAUGUCAAGAAGCCUUGAAAAUGAAGAGGUGAAGAAGGGAUUUCAAGAAUUAGGGUGUGAAGUGAUGAGGAGAACCUCCGUGUCAUCAAUCCCUCCAGCGGUCAAUGGAGGGAGAAGGAGGUCAUUUUGCAGCUCACAGGUUGAGCUGGCUGAUUUCUUCUCUUGCACCGGUGUGAAAGUUGUGGCAGUUGAUAUGCCCCCAUUCAUGCAGAUUCAUGCUGUUGAUUGUGCUAGAAAGGCGCAUGAUAGCCUGGAAAAGUUCACCUCCAAGACUCUUGCUUUCACACUCAAAAAGGAGUUUGAUGGGGUCUAUGGACCUGCUUGGCACUGUAUAGUAGGGACCAGUUUUGGGUCAUUUGUAACACAUUCAGUGGGUGGGUUCAUGUACUUCUCUAUGGAUCACAAGCUAUACAUCCUUCUCUUCAAGACCACUGUACAAAGAGCUGCAGAAUGAGGAGGAGAAUUCUUACCAAUUCAGAGAUGUUUUUACUAAUCAAUAACCACUCAAAAGAUCAGUUCUUUGUGGUAAUUAAAAUUCCUUCUUGCAGGUGUUUAGCAUAGAGACAUGAUCAUCAUAUUGAAAAGACAUUGCUGUCUGUCUCCCAUGUAAUUUGUUGUUGUAUAUUAGCAUGAAUGAUUGAUUAUUACCAAGAAAAGGAAUUGGGAGAUGGAUAGAUAUUGCUGUUGUUGUUGUUCUUGCUGUAUAAUUAUUCCAUUUUAGCAAAGAUAACCUCAAAAUGGGGAAGAUGUGUUCUUGGGAAUUUUGAGGAUUGGAUUGCAACAGUGUCUGUGAGUGUGUGUAGUUAAAGAAAAGUUAGAUCACAUGAUGUAAGAUGGCUUGUUAUAGAUUCUUUCAAAUUGCCUUUUUCUUGGUUUGAGUAAAUUAUUGGGAAUACAAGAAUUGAUGGA